UUCCCAACUCAAAACCCCAAAGCCCUAAUCGUCUAAUCUUCCUCUUUGCUCUUUCAUUUUCUUCACCACCAUGCGCUGCCUCAUUACGCGCAAGCUCUGGAAUGGGCUCUCUGCCGCCGCCUCUCUGAGAGCUCCACCGCUUUGCGGCCAAAUUCAGGCGCGUUACAGUUCUCGGCGGUGGUAUGGACUGGUUCCGAUGGUAAUAGAGCACUCCUCUCGAGGGGAGAGAGCCUACGACAUAUUCUCGAGGCUUCUCAAGGAGCGCAUAAUCUGCAUCAAUGGCCCCAUCAAUGACGACACGUCCCACGUCGUUGUCGCUCAGCUCCUCUUUCUCGAGUCUGAGAACCCCUCCAAGCCCAUCCAUAUGUACCUCAAUUCUCCUGGCGGCGCUGUCACCGCCGGUCUUGCUAUAUAUGAUACGAUGCAGUACAUUCGAUCUCCCAUCAACACCAUAUGCCUAGGUCAGGCAGCAUCAAUGGCAUCUCUACUUCUAGCUGCUGGAGCCAAGGGUGAGAGACGUUCUCUCCCNAACACCCACUUCACCAGGUAA